GAAAGUUAAACAGAAGCUUCUGUCUGUCUGUGUCGCCGCGGAGUUACUGCGCUGUUUUAAAAGGCUUCUCACUUCCUCCUCUUUAUUCUUAACAGGCAAAAAUCCCCACAUUUUUAUCCGUUAAACGCCGACGCGUAACGCAACAUCUGCUUUUUAGUUGGAAUCGCAAAAGUGCAUUUAAAGCGCAAAUAAACGCGCGAUCGAUGGUGGCUUAUUUUGGAGGUGUGUGAAUUGUAGUUUGCGAGCUGCGGAUUGUGCGUUUAAACAAGUUUGCCGUGGGUUUUGGAGCGAGUUUAACAUAUGGCUGAAAGGGGCGCACAGCUGGAGGUAGCGUUUCCAUUGCGGUGAUGUCAGAGCAGCUGACUCCACAGCUUGCAGUGUAAUUAGCAAACAGAGCAGCAGUUGACUCACUCGGCUCCGAGUUUGCCACCUUACACCGCCGCGAAUAUUGACAAGUGCCGGGAGAUAUCCGCGAGCGCGGCGGGGCAAGUGGAGUGUCGCCGCGGAUGGAACAUGUGCGGGUUAUGAAGGAAGAAUGGAGUUCCCAGACCAUAGCCGCCAGUUGCUGCAGUGUCUGAGUCAGCAGCGAACCCAAGGUUUCCUCUGUGACUGCACUGUUCUCGUCGGCGAGGCUCAAUUCAAGGCGCACAGAGCCGUGCUGGCCUCCUGCAGCAUGUACUUCCACCUCUUCUACAGAGACCAGCUGGACAAAAGGGACGUUGUGCAUCUGAACAGUGACAUUGUGACAGCCCCGGCUUUCAGUCUGCUCCUUGAAUUUAUGUAUGAGGGGAAGUUGGAGUUCCGAACUCUGCCAGUGGAGGAUGUCCUCGCCGCUGCCAGUUACCUCCACAUGUACGACAUAGUCAAAGUUUGUAAAGGCAAGCUGAAAGACAAGGAGCUGUCUUCUCUGGACGAGAAGAUGGGCGAGAGUCUGGGGCUGGCCUGCCUGGACCAGGAGAAUUCUUCGGACGGCGAGCUGCACAGCAAGCAGCUUGUGCUGCGACAGCACCAGACGCCGUCUCAGGGGGCUCCCAGGGCCCCCCCAGCAGAGGAGUUUGACAUGGACAAGAGCGAAGUCAGGCUGGCUGUCACCAAUUGUGAGAGGUCUGCGCAGGGCAGGCAGAAGGCGAACGGUCACUCUGUCAGGUCCCCGGACCUUGUAAGUGUCAAUUAUGUGUCAGCAGAGGCCGAAGCCUGUGUCCAAACAGCUGGAAAAACAAAAGCUGAUGUCAGUAGUUCUACCGUGUCGCUGUCCCUGAGGUCCCGGGCUUCGGAUGACAUGGACUGUGCGCUGGAUUUGUCUUUCAAGCCUCUGUCUAGCAGAGAUCCCUUACACCCCUCCUACGUCUCAGGACAGCUGGCCCUCGACAGCCAGCAGCAGGGCACUGAGCCACUUGUUAAAGACGAACACGACUUGCUGUCAGAGCAGGAGGACAGUGAGCCGAUGAGCCCUGAGAGCCAGCACUUUGGGAAUAGUGCCAGGAGCGCGGUGGUGACAGGGUUCGCUGCCCUCUUCCCAGGCAACAACGGCUCCACCGCGGCCCUCCUCUCCCAGGAGGAGGACCUGAUGGACGAGGAAGGGGAGGCCUGCCGAGGGAGGGAGGGCGCGCCCGGCAGGGAGCUGGAGGAGAGGAGGGGUCGUCUGCUGGGGGACAGCGAGGAAGAGGAGGAGGACGACCUGGCCUCUUCAGAUAUCUCCACCUCCAGCGGCGUGCUCCUGCCGCCGGGCCAACAGGUGUGCGUGUGCCCGCUGUGCAGCAAAGUCUUCCCCAGCCCCCACGUCCUGCAACUGCACCUCAGCUCACAUUUCCGCGAGAAGGACGGCGCCCGCUCCAAGCUGUCGCCCGACGGCUCGGUCCCCACCUGCAUGCAGUGCAACAAGACCUUCUCCUGCAUGUACACGCUGAAGCGCCACGAGCGCACGCACUCCGGCGAGAAGCCCUACACCUGCGGCCAGUGCGGCAAGAGCUUCCAGUACUCCCACAACCUGAGCCGCCACGCCGUGGUCCACACUCGCGAGAAGCCUCACGCCUGCAAGUGGUGCGAGCGGCGCUUCACCCAGUCCGGGGACCUCUACCGCCACAUCAGGAAGUUUCACUGUGGCCUUGUUAAGACCCUCGCCAUCGGAUAGCGCCUCGCCUGUGCCAUGACAAUGUCUCCUCACACACCGGCGGUUUUGUUAGAAACUCGUUUCUCCGAACUCACAUCUUCAAUAUGUAGCAACUUGUAGAGCUGGCUGCCAGUUUGACGCGGCUUCUAUGGAACUCAUCAGACUAGGCUCUUGUUUGUUUAUGUCAAUCCAUUUGAUUUGCUGUGAGGCAAACGUGAGAAAUACUAACACUUUAAUACAAUCGACAGACUUUAUUUGUGCACAAGUGAACCGUCCGCGAGUAGCAAUAUCUGAUUUUCUUUCACUCCUUCCUUAUCAUUAUUAUUAUUAUUAUUAUUAUUAUUUAUUUAAAGAUAGUAAACUAUCAACUGGGCAGCGAAACUACUGGAGCUAGAUUUAUGUUUGAGUAAACCACCGUAUUGUUUUCUUUUUUGUUUCUCGCUAAAAUAAGCUUGUAUGAAAGGAGCAGACUUUAUUUUUUAGGUAAACAGACGAGGCAUUUUCUGCCUUAAAUACUGGUGCCUACUGAGUUCUCAACCCAGACUUGAGAAUGUGGCGAUAAAAUGCUUCCCCAAAUCGAGAGGUUCCUGAUCCACCAGUGCCCUUAUUUUGAAAUGAAUGUCAAAUUUACAAGUGAUUUUUGUUCUUCAUUUCAAUCUAAAUUGUAUGCAGAGGCAGGCUUAACUUCAAACAUUAAAAAAAGCAGCUUGGGGAAUCUGGUACUUUAAAACAGGCUGCACAACGGGUCUGUUUUUGAAGUUACAGCUUUGAAUGUAGCCAAGAUGAACCUGACAAUGAGUAAGAAACAUGAAAAGUAAAAUGUAGAUGUGAAUAAUUUUCAGUUUUUGCUGCAGUUAAUUGAGCUAAUUUAUAUGAAUUCAAAACUCCAUUAAGUCAUGCGGAUUAUUGAUCAUUUUCCUGACAGAAUGGGCUUCAAAUUUAUUAUUUUAUUUAAGACGGAACAUUAUUACAAUUGACUUGUAAAGUUAGAUUUUUCUUUUUUUAAGCAGCAAAAUCUUGGCAUUUUCUGUCAUCAUUCAUUUGUGUAUUUAUUAAAAAAAGAAUAAAAUAAAUGAAGAAAAACACAAUUACUGCGUUAAUAAAGCGAGACAAAUGUCUCUUAGAACCUUCAGUUAAAGUUGAAAGCAGCAAGCUGAUGCCCUGCUAACAUUCUAAUGUGGCUAACUACAUUGAAAAUAUCAAGCACAGUGUGUUGUUUUCUCUUUUUACUUCACUCUAAAAUUGUAUUAGAAAGUUGCAUUGGAUGUUGCAUCCUCUUCACAUGUUUUACAGUACCAGAUUCAAAAACGAAUAUUGAAAAGACACAGAAAUAUACACAGAUUGUGGACUCGUCCACAUGACUAUGACUUUACUGUCCAGCUUCAGUUUGAAUUCGUCCCAGUGGGCCUCUUUUGUUAUCCUCCGUUGUGGUCUAUGAAGGAAAACUAACUUCCCGGUCAGAAUUUCACCUUGACGUCGACCCUGACUCAACCCUGCGGUGUCACCUUUCGCCAUUGUCCGCGGUUAUCUGGGCGGCCGAGGCGAUUCACCAGACUUCCUGCUCCUGCCGCACUUGCUCGCUCAUGCGAUGACCUGGGUGGAAGCGGAGGAGCCACCGGUGACGUGGCCUCGGAUCAUCUUCACCUUCUGUCAUCUCGCUGGAUGUGUGAACACUACUGAUUAUCUUUGACUCAUCUGUCCUGAAAAGACUUGAUCAGAUUUUAUUUAUUAGUUUGGUUCAGGGUUUACUCUUGGUACGCGUUCACUGGUCUGUUUAUCUACCCGAAUCCAGUUACUGUAAUCUUUACUUUGUUCUUGGAACAUAGAGAAGCACUUGAUUUUUUUUUUUUUUUGGCAUUGAACUAUAGUCUCAACACUUUCAUCUAGGCUGCUAUUUUUGUGUAUUUAAUGUAAAUAUAUAUCUAUUUAUCAACACUGGUUUGUGGAGGGGCGUCAGGUGUCUUAUUGAGUUACAAUUCAAGUGGACAAAUCGCCAGAGUUUUCCGCCACAGGAAGUAGUUGUUCAGCCAUCGUGAUUUGGCCGCAAACAGAAAUCAGACAAUACAGCCAUUGUUCGCGACCCCCCCACCCCACACCCCCUCGGUCAGGUAGUUCUCAAGGGAUCUUUGUAGAUCUCUGUCCGAGCUGUGGGGGGAAACCGCCGUCUCUCUUUGCACAUUUCUGUAGAGAACGGAGGCACUGGAAUGUGAGAAAUGUAUUUAGCAAAGGGAAACCGGUGAGACUGUACACAGGUGUAUUGUUUGGACGCAUCAAAGGACCACCGAACGAAGAUAAAAGUCUCAUUGUUCUUGGAGUGAUAGCACAUCUGUCCUGAGAUUUGUGUGUCGAUAAUUCAUCCCUGCCACUCUUCCACAAGUUUUUUCUAAGGCUAUGUUUGCGACACAGCUGAAAAAAAAGGCCUUAAAACAAUGGUUGCCAUGGUGAUUUUGAUGUGUUCAGAAAGAAAAUGACUGCCUUUCAUACAAAUAUAGCCUUAGAAGUAGAGCUCAUUCCUGACCGUUUUCCUUAUUAAUAAGAGGUCCACAGUAAAUAUUUCAUGAAUGUAAGGUCAGCCAGGAUGUUCAUCGCUGUACUAAGUGUCUAGGACUCGAGCAAUUCAAAAUCUGUUCUCAUCUGACUGGCUUUUAUCAUGGUUCUCUGUAGUGAAGGAGCCCCGACUUGUCUCCUCGGGAACCUUUUGUUUGGGUCGUGCGACCUAUCAAAUGCUGUUUUUCCCGAAUGUAUUUGUGUUUCAUCUGAAGUGAACUCCGACUCCAAGCUCCAGUGUGAUCGCCACGUGUGCCUUGUCGUCACAAAUCGGUGCAACACCUGGAGAAACCCGGUUCAGAUCUUGGCCGCCUUUCCAAGUUUGUCUAAGCGUUGAGAUUGGAUUUUUCUGUUCAGUAUGAAGAGGGACAUGCAUGAGCCGACGGAAACAAACUUUAUUAGUCGCUGUUGAAUGUCGAACACUGAGAUUGUUGUUUUGGUGGAAGGCGCUUCAUUCAUGCUGUACGCCCGCUGGAGCCCGAGGCUUCGUCCACGUCGCCCUGUUUUUACUGUGCUAGUUACAGACCUGGGUUUAAAACUUUAAUCCCCACACAACUGAAGGAAAAUGUAUUUGAUUCAUUUUUUCAAACGGUUUAUGUAUGCAUUCAAAGUCGACUUGAUGUGGCGAUGAAGUCACAGUGACAGAAGAGAAAAUAACAAACUAAAAGUCACUUUCAAUUCUGACCAGAGCUUGAAUAAAUGACACAUUCAAGAUGCUUUUUGUUUCGGUGAAUUUGGCUCUCGCGAUGAAAACAUUGUCGUGUGGAUGAAGCCUUGGACGUCGUCUUCUGCAGGACUGUGAACUUGUCUGAGAUAUUUAUUGCUGUGCCCCUUUUUCACGUUUGUUUAAGAAAAAAAAGGCUUCCUAAUGUCAAACAAGAAUCUUUUUGAUAGACUUUGUAGAAGUGCCAUUAGAAUUUAAUAUAAUUUUUUAAUAAGAAAAAAAGUAUAUUUUAUAGUAACGAUUGCUUCGAAGUUAGCGGUGUAGAUAUUAGAUGACAAUCUUUACGCAGAAUUGACAUGAUUUAGGUAAUUUGAAGCGAUUCUGAAUUGUUUUUUUUUUUUUUUUUUUUUGGAGUGUGUUUGUGUGUGUGUGCUGUGAAAAUGUGACAAUCUUUGGAUUUAGGUCUUUAUGAAGAUUUAAGCAUAGAAUUAAA